AUGAUGAAUAAUAAUGGAAACCAAGUUGUUUCGAUGGCAACUUCCAAUGCCUUAACGAGCCGAACAACACCGGCAGCAUUGGCACCGACGGAGAAACCUAGAAAAUUUUCAGGGAUUGAUUUCAAGCACUGGCAAAAGAUGUUCUUCUACUUGACUACUCUAUGUCUCCAGAAGUUCAUCAAGAAAGAUGUUCAUAUGCUGUCCGAUGAAACUCCAGAAACUGAACGCUUUCUCGAUAUUACUCAGACCAAGGAUGGGAACAUGAUGGUCACAGGACAGUGGUUUCACAGACCCGAGGAAGCUCAAAGAAGAAAUGGUGGAAAUUGGCAAUCACGAGACACAAGGGAAUUGUUCUAUAGUUUUCACAGGGCCGAAGUUCCCGCAGAGUCAGUCAUGCACAAGUGUGUGGUGCACUUCAUACCGUUAAACAAGCAGAUUCCGGGCGGCAAAGAGCAUCCUGGUUAUAUUUUUCAAAAGGUAUAUGACACUGAGCAGAUGAAGCUUUUCAAGUUAACAGACAAGGAUUAUGAAGAUACCAAACAGCAGGAAAUUGAUCUGCUUGUUCAGAAGACUAUAGCACGAGUCAGGCAUCUUCCGGACAUUGAAACUGAGGAUAAUUCUGCAGCUCCUGUUAGUCAGGAAGACCAAUUGAAGAGUAAAAGACUUUUGAGGAAGAAGAGCAUGACGCCUUUGGAUGUUACCAGAGAAGAUGAAGCACCAACUAGAUUUGGUCAAUCUAAAGCAGAAACUCCAGGCAGUUGUCCCAAUAAUGCAUCAGAAUACUUCAUCAUCCUUUCAAACUUCGAAGUCCAGACUGGUGAAACACAGCGUGACAAAUGGCUGGAAAAACUGCUGCAGUCAAUUCAGUUUCUGUGCAAUCCUGUGGAUAAUGUACAAAAUGAUGGUAAAGAAAAAGGGGGCCCAGAUGUUACUGAUCUUACUGGUAAUGCCAGUUCUGCAAAGCAUGUGAAUGAGUCUCCAGACAAUGGUGCCAAUGGUGAUAAGUUUCGAUGGCCAGACAGUGCUGUCCCUGCUGUAGUCGCUCUGGAGAAAGCUGCACACGAGUCUCUCUCAUAUGAUUUUCAGAAGUACAAUCAGAAGAUGAGGCAGUUAACAUUCAAUCUUAAGAAUAAUUCUUAUUUAUCAAAAACAUUCCUGAACAGCUCACUCGUAGCACGCUGUCUUCUGAAUGGGGAGUUGGAUCCCUCACAGAUACUGAACAUGUCCCCCAAUGAGCUAAAGUCUAACAGCAGAAGAGAUAGCAAGCAGGGAGCCCGAGGAGCCGGAGCCCAUACAGAUGACAGAUGCUUCUUACAGAAAACUUUACACAGAUGCACAGAGAAAAAAAUGCGGCUCAUGUAGAUUAUUCAGGCUAGACAUGGAGACCGUUACCAGCUGGAGUGUAUUGCUUGUGGCAAUACUUGGUAUGCUUCUAGAGACGAAGCUGCUAGCCUAACAUUAGACGGGCCAAAUUUUACGAAGAGUGUUGGAACAGAACCGUUAGCAACUGCCAAGUUCGAAGACGUGGAGAAGAAUUUAACAAGCCCUAGAAGAGCUGAUAAAGGAGCUAGUGAUGUUCUGAAGAAGACAACUGAAGCUUACAUGCCAGUUCUUGACAGCCAGAGAUCAUUUAACAAGUCUAGGACUGAAGAUAAUACUUCCACUAGCAAUGCUGACUGACUCUUCUGCUAGUUUUUAGUUCACUUUAGACAUAGCCAUUUCCUGUAAAUAGAUACACUACAUACAUAGUUUUUCAAACAGUUUUUCGUAAGUUUAUUUA